AUGAAGAAGAAGGUAUUACUUAUGGGCAAAAGUGGUUCGGGUAAGACCAGUAUGCGUUCCAUUAUAUUUGCCAAUUAUAUAGCACGGGAUACUACACGUUUGGGAAGCCACAUCGAUGUGGAGCAUUCUCAUGUACGUUUUUUGGGUAAUUUGGUUUUGAAUUUGUGGGAUUGUGGUGGCCAGGACGGUUUUAUGCAACAAUAUUUUGCCUCACAACGUGAUAAUAUCUUUCGUAAUGUAGAGGUUUUGAUUUAUGUAUUUGAUGUUGAAAGUCGUGAAUUGGAAAGAGAUGUCCAUUACUAUCAAUCGUGUUUGGAGGCCUUGCUGCAGAAUUCUCCCGACGCCAAAAUCUUUUGUUUAAUACACAAAAUGGAUUUGGUUGCUGAAGAGCAAAGAGAAACUUUGUUUAAAGAUAGAGAAGAUGAUUUAAUACGUUUAAGUCGUCCUGGUAAUGUAACAUGCUUUAGAACCAGUAUAUGGGAUGAGACACUAUACAGAGCCUGGUCCAGCAUAGUAACUGCUAUACCCAAUGUGGCCGCUUUAGAAAACUCUCUUACCCAUUUUGCCAAUGUCAUAGAGGCCGAUGAAGUUCUACUCUUCGAAAAGGCCACCUUUUUGGUAAUUUCCCAUUGCCAGAGUAAAAAGAAUCGUGAUUCUCAUCGUUUUGAAAAGGUUUCCAAUAUUAUAAAACAAUUUAAAUUGAGUUGUUCGAAAUUGGGUGGCAAAUUCCUGUCCAUAGAAGUACGCAAUAGUGCCUUUGCUGCUUUCAUUGAUACUUUUACUAGCAACACUUAUGUUAUGGUCGUUAUGUCAGAUCCCACUAUACCCUCGGAGGCCACUCUGGUUAAUAUACGUAAUGCUCGUAAAUAUUUUGAGGAAUUAGAAAAUCCCAAUAGUAAUGCUGUUAAUCAUCAUCAAUAUCACUGAAUGCUGUUUUGGUAGGGCCACAGGUGGGGAUUUUGGAUAGUUUGAAUCAUGAUAAAGCUUUUUCCUUUUUUUUACUACUUUUUAUGCAUACGCGAUUGAGAAUGUAAUGUGCAAAUUUGUUUUUGUUAAAAGUGUUUCUUUAGGCCUAAGGUUCUUCUCUUUUUUCCAUAAUAAGCAUAAAAUAUUAUAAAUAUACAAAUAAAAUUAUAAAUUUUUCUAAUAAA